UGGAUUCAGAGGGACCCCAGCAGCAGCCUGUCUUUGUGUGUGAGAGAGACAGACACUCAUUCCCUGAGGAUCAACUCUAUUAGACAACUGCAGCUUUCCCCUCUUCAACUUCUACAGAGGUGAGUUUACCCUUCAGUGGUCACUGGUCAAGCAAAUUUAUUCUGCCUAUGUCUCCAAUCUUAUUUGUUUGAUACUGCAGGUAUUUGACAAUGCUUUGAUGAAAAGCAAUGCGAUGCCUCAUAGAAUGCAUCAUUUGCAUUACUCUAAAUUCAGUUGCAGUACUCUUUGUUGUUUUGCUGUAUACUAGUACACCAUUUUUUCCUGUGGGCUUCUGAGAGUCCUAAAUGGAAGCUAAUGUUACAGUACCAGAGUGAGAACUGAAUUGUUCUUUAUUCCACAUCAUGUCAUCUGGUUCAGGAAUCAGGAUUAUUUGCCUCUGCGUCUUUUCUUUUCCUUUACAUCUGCAUUUGGUUCUAAAAUGCUGUUAAACUAUAGAUCAUUUUUAACUUGCAGGAGUCACAUUUGCACUUUGCACAAUGCUUCCGUGUCUAUGUACACACUACAUAAAACUGUUUGAAUGGGGGACAUUUUCAAAGCGCAGAAGCAUUUUACAAAGUGCAAAAAAAUAUUAUAAACCUAAUUAUAAUCUGGCAGCAUGACUAAAUUAUAAAAUUUUCUUCAACAAUGUGCGUCAUAAAAGAACACAAUUUAUAUUUUGCUCAGUUUAUGAAACUCUAUUUGAACAGUAAUCUCUUUGUAACACAAGUUGUUCAAGAAGAUUUUUUAAUUAAAGGAAAACUCCACCCAAAAACAAUAUUUUGGUAUUUGUUUCAUUAAUCCAUCGUUGACAUAGUCCCAAAACAUUUUGCUUGUCAGCAAUCAAGUUUUCAAGAUAUGUAACUUUCAAAUACAGAAAUCAUCCCUGUAUGAUGCAAAUUGCAUCGUAGAGGGAUGAUUUCUAUAUUUGAAAGUUACAUAUGUUUUGGGACUAUGUCAACGAUGGACUAAUGAAACAAAUAUCAAAAGUUCGUUUUUGGGUGGGGUUUUCCUUUAAAUCAUACUGUGAUAUUAUAAUGAGGUUUGCUGUAUUUUUGGCACUUUGCACAAUAAUUUUGUGCUACGAACAUGUCACCCUAUACAUACAUUAUGUAUAUGGCAUAAUCCACUGACUUAUGGCUAAAAAUAGUAAUAACUUGCAUCCUUUCUACCACAAAAAGGCACGGUCCCAGAGAACAUCUAUAAAAACCUGUGGUGAUGUUGUUUAUCCAGAAUCAGCAUUGACGAGCUAAUGUCCAGGUGAAGGGGGUGAUGGCACGACGUGAGCGUGCGUGCACACACGUUUGUGUGCUUGUGUGCGUGCCUGGUGUAUGUGUGUGUGUGUGCCACGGGUCGUUAAGGUGAAACAGUGCUUUCACUGUGCAGGUCCAUGACUCACCUUUCCAACACUGGCCAGAGACUGUCCCAAACCCCAAACCUGUCUCUUCGACCAGCACAGCACAGCACACGCCCAUUACAUAACUAAAUUCUCAAAUAGGUGUUUGUGCCACAAAGCUGCAUGACGUAUAUUGUGCCGUACUUACAUUUUUAUGAAAACAACCAUUGUUUAUUUAAUGACUAAAACAGCAUUACCAUACUUACAUAAUCAUUUACAUAAAACAACCACCCCCCUCCCUCCUCCCAACCUCAAGUAAAAUAGGCUUUAAAGGUAAAGACCCCCAGGGGAUGGUUGGUUGAGGUAACUCCUUUUUUUGUGCUGCUUUAUUAACUUACAGUAUGUCUAGAGACUUUUAUUUACAUUUAAUCCACUAGUAGUUUGGACUUGGAUACAGAGGAUAUAGUUUGUUAAUGUAUAUUAUUACCUAACUAAUUGAAAAUGUGCAAGGUCAUUUCUUAUUUUUACCACAGAUACUGGCAUACUUUUACCGGUACACUACUCAUUGUGCAAAUAAAAAAAAUUAAAAAUAAACGCUUAUUUUUAUUUUUUAUAAAUACCACAUGAUGAUUCUAAGCAAAGGAAUCUGAUGACAUCAUUGUUGUGUCCCCCACACACUGACACAAAAGUUUCCCUUGUCAUUUACCACCGUUUUCUCUCUUUACUUUUAAGAUUAACUGCACAUUCUGGUGACACACUAACCCCAAGGGACAGAGAAUAACACAACACGCCAAAACAAACAACCAAACAUCCCAAAAUGUCUGACCUUGCCAACUGCUUUUCUGGAAUUACACCCUAAGUAGGCUCCUCUUCAUACUCUUUAUACAGCACAGAAAUAAACAAAUAAACAAAAAAUCAACACAGGCUCUACUCAGAGAAACCACAGAGCACUUCAAACCUAAGUUUACUUAUCUACUCACUACAGUAAUACACACUAAUACACACAUAGAAGUGGUUCCCAAAGUCCUCCUAGCACUGACUUUGCUGAUAAAUACUUUGUUGAGGGAAAAUGUACUUGAUAUGAUUGUGAUGUGUUGUUGUCUCACCUAGCUAUCUUAAGAUGAAUGUGCUAAUUGUAAGUCGCUCUGGAUAAGAGCGUCUGCUAAAUGACAAAAAUGUCAAAUGUAAUUUUUAUUAUUAUUAUUUUUUACUUGUGGUUUGUGUUAAGGUUUAUGUGCACCUCAUCCAGGUCAGUACUCAAGUUCACUAUUCCUGCAGUUCAUCCCUUAGCAUCCGCAGUACAGCUGGGAGUGUCCUCCCCAAGGGCUAGCUGAAUAUGAAUGGAGUCGUCAGUGAUAUGAUACCAUACCUAGGAAUUGUCUGUCUGUCUGUCUGUCUGUCUGACUGUCUGACUCUCUGUCUCUGUCUCUGUCUGUCUCUGUCGCUGUCUCUCUCUGUUCAUCUAUCUGUCUGUCUGUGUCCCAGGCCUGUCAGGUGACGUUUCAGCGCUGGUACCAUGUCUGACCCAGAGGCCGCCGCCCAGCCACCACCCCAGGUGUCUCACCGUGGCCGCAGUGCCGCCCCCAUCGCCAGCUCCAAUGCAGAUGGGGAGGAGGUGCCUGAGUUCGAGCCCUUCGGCCUGAUGCCCCGAGGACCACCCCCACUCAAGGGUGAGUAGGAGAAGGAGGCUGUGUGUGUGUGUGGACGUGUGCACGUGUGUGUUUGACUGUGUGUGUGUGCGGUGUGCGACAGAGAGAGACAGAAGUGUGUUUGCAUGUCAGAGUGUUGGUUUGUGAGUCACUGUGUGCCUUGGUCACAAAAGAUAAGAGUCCCUAAAAUGACACUGUUUCCUGUAGAUUUCGGAUGCUGACUGACAAAUGCAUUCCGUUCAGAGUUAUCUCAACACAAGUCUUCAAACACACCCUGAGUCUACCAGCCUUGUCACUGUUCUCCUCUCCUCAGCAUUAUCUCCCUAGACCACAAGGCAGGGUUCUGAAUAAGAAUGGAAUGACUGGAAUAAAGAACCUCCAACAGACUGGAAGUGACCUCAGCUGUCCCAUCAUGAUAGGUCAUAGCCAUCUAAAUAAUGUCUUGUAGCGAGUUUCCCAAAAAGAAUAAGCAACAACAACCACGUCGUUAUGAAUGUUGAUUUUCGACUACAGUUGAUCAUUUUUAUUAUACAUCACCACAGUCAGCAGACAAAGCUGUCUGUCUACCCUAGGAUGAGAAGGUUCCCAAAGUUGAACACUCAAAGUAAUCGGCCUUCACAAUGCCUCUACCCCCCUUCACACAUUUAAACUUGCAGCAUCCUGUACAUUAUGUUAUGUUAAAGCUAGAAUCCUUAGUUGUUACACACAUUUUCGGAUUUAUAAACAAAUGAUAUAUACACACUGAUUCUUGAAGAAUACAACUUAUAAAUACAUAAUGAUUAGUUCAACUGUCGUAUCUCAUCAGAACCCAAAACAUAUAAGCUUGUUUUACUGCAAUGUUUGUAAACAAUGUAAAUGUAAACAAUGUAAAUGCCUCAAAAUAAGGUUAAAACUAUAAUUUUCAUUUCAUGGAUGUUCAGUCCUUGCAUCCAUAGCUCUGUCUAUGAAUUUGAGAGUCGUUACAUUUCUCCAGGCCCAUCCCUCAGCAUUUUACUGAAAAAGAGGCGGGGUGGCGGCUUUGUUAUUGUAUCAGUUAAGGAUUGGAAUAACUGCUCAAGGUCACAUUGAAAAAACUCAGGGCCCAAGUUAACGAUGACAAGUCUGCAUCUCUCUCUCCUCCCUUUUAUAUUACUCUCUCUCCUCCUCUCUGUCCUCCUCUCUCUCCUCCUCUCUCUCCUCCUCUCUCUCCUCCUCUCCUAUCAGAGUUCUUGGACAUCUGGGACGUGAACAUGCUGCGGAAGCCGAACGAGGUCAAUAAGCAGCAGCACAGCACCUACCUGUACGCCAGCGACCACCUCAUCGUUCGCAGGGGACAGGAGUUCCAGCUGAAGGUGACCUUUGACCGUCCCUACAAGCCCUCCGACGACAAGUUCGCUGUGGAGUUCGUCAUCGGUGAGAUAAAGAAACCCCCCACCUAAAAAUGUCUAACUCCGAAUCAGUGGUUACUAGUUAAGAUGUAGUUCACUGUACGCACAUCCAGUGACUUGCAUCCAGAUACAGGGUACAAAAAGUAAAGUCAUGAAAAAAAGAUACAUUGAAUGUAACCGCCACUUGAAACAUAAUAAAACUAAGGAGGAAUGUGUGCAGGUAUUUAUCUUUCUUUCCCGUAUCAGUGGAUAUGUCUACCAUAGGUCUACCAUAGCUCUAGUCCAGGGUGUUAGUACGAAGGCUCGGUGUAGGGUGAAGUUGUCCCUAGACGCUGAUCUUGGGUCUGUUUUACAUUUUCUCCACUAAUGGUUAAGGUUAGGAUUGGGGGAUGGGAAGUUGAUCCUAGAUCUGUACCUAGAAGAAACUGCAUCCCGGAGCCAAAGACCAGAGCUAGGUCUACCCCUGCCCUGACAUGUCAUUCCCCUGUUCCUCCUAUCCACUAGGGGGCAGUCCCCAGUUCAGUAAGGGCACCUACAUCCCUGUGUCUGUGACCAGUGACCGCCAGAGCCUGUGGGCUGGCCGGGUGGUGGACAGCACAGACAACGUGGUCACGGUGGGCAUCACCCCAGCGCCAGACUGCAUUGUGGGAAAGUGGCGCACGUACGUGGCGGUGGUGACGCCCUACGGAAUCCGCAGGACCAGGCAGGAUGAGAGUCGAGAUGUCUACAUCCUCUUCAACCCCUGGGUGGCAGGUCUGUGACACUCACUGAUGACAGCAAUCACACGAGCUUGUCCCCACAUCAGUUGUUUGUGCUGAUUGAUUGAUCGAUCGAUCGAUUUAGCUCUAUUCAUCUCGUUACUCUAUUAAUCUACAUUCUGAUAAUAGAUUCCAUUCUAUUGUUCUGGCUUCCUUCCACCAGCUGAUUCUGUGUUCCUGGAUGAAGGCAAUGAGAGGGAGGAGUGUGUUCUCAACGAGGUGGGGGUCAUCUACCACGGAGCGUUUGACGACGUGUCUGAACGGCCCUGGAACUUCGGUCAGGUACAGAGAGACCCAGUGCACCACGACUAGCUAUGCAAUGAUUGGUUUUGGUGUAGUGAUACACUAUUUGUGCCAUGCAGAAUUAAUUUGUAACUACAUGUAAGUCAGUAUACAUCAAAUAGCAGGAUAGUUGUUUAUUUUGUUCAUGUCAUCUUUUUGUUUUGACUUUAAUAAACAGUAUGAUUCUCUAUGUGGUUCUCAAAGAAGUUCAGUUAACACUUAACUGAACGUUGCUUGUUGCAGUUUGACUAUGGGGUGCUGGAUGCCUGUCUGUUCAUCAUGGAUAAAGCUGCCAUGCCCAUCACCAACAGGGGCGACCCCAUCAAAGUAGCCCGGAAGGCCUCAGCCAUGGUGAGGGUUACGGGGUUACUGCCAGUCAAUACAGAGCAACCACUGAGAUCACAAUAUUCUUACAGUACAACCAUGUCAUACAGUAGAUUUAUAAGAAAAAACUAAAUGGAGGCCUGAAAAAAUAUUUUGUACAGAAGAGAGAUUUGUACUUACAACUCACAGGCUUGUUACAAGCUAUAGUUGCAUCCGAAAUGGCACUCUAUUCCCCAUAUAGUGCAUUACUUUUGACCAGGGUAUUCCCUAUAUAAUGCACUACUUUUGACCAGGGUAUUCCCUAUAUAAUGCACUACUUUUGACCAGGGUAUUCCUUAUAUAAUGAAUUACUUUUGACCAGGUUAUUUCCUAUAUAAUACAGUACUUUUGAUCAGGGUAUUCCCUAUAUAAUGCACUACUUUUGACCAGGGUAUUCCCUAUAUAAUGCACUACUUUUGACCAGGGUAUUCCUUAUAUAAUGAAUUACUUUUGACCAGGUUAUUUCCUAUAUAAUACAGUACUUUUGAUCAGGGUAUUCCCUAUAUAAUGCACUACUUUUGACCAGGGUAUUCCCUAUAUAAUGCACUACUUUUGACCAGGGUAUUCCUUAUAUAAUUAAUUACUUUUGACCAGGUUAUUUCCUAUAUAAUACAGUACUUUUGAUCAGGGUAUUCCCUAUAUAAUGCACUACUUUUGACCAGGGUAUUCCCUAUAUAAUGCACUACUUUUGACCAGGGUAUUCCCUAUAUAAUGCACUACUUUUGACCAGGGUAUUCCUUAUAUAAUGAAUUACUUUUGACCAGGUUAUUUCCUAUAUAAUACAGUACUUUUGAUCAGGGUAUUCCCUAUAUAAUGCACUACUUUUGACCAGGGUAUUCCCUAUAUAAUGCACUACUUUUGACCAGGGUAUUCCUUAUAUAAUGAAUUACUUUUGACCAGGUUAUUUCCUAUAUAAUACAGUACUUUUGAUCAGGGUAUUCCCUAUAUAAUGCACUACUUUUGACCAGGGUAUUCCCUAUAUAAUGCACUACUUUUGACCAGGGUAUUCCUUAUAUAAUUAAUUACUUUUGACCAGGUUAUUUCCUAUAUAAUACAGUACUUUUGAUCAGGGUAUUCCCUAUAUAAUGCACUACUUUUGACCAGGGUAUUCCCUAUAUAAUGCACUACUUUUGACCAGGGUAUUCCUUAUAUAAUUAAUUACUUUUGACCAGGUUAUUUCCUAUAUAAUGCACUACUUUUGACCAGGGUAUUCCCUAUAUAAUGCACUACUUUUGACCAGGGUAUUCCUUAUAUCAUUAAUUACUUUUGAUCAGGGUAUUCCCUAUAUAAUGCACUACUUUUGAUCAGGCUAUUCCCUAUAUAAUGCACUAUUUUUGAUCAGGGUAUUCCCUAUAUAAUGCACUAUUUUUGAUCAGGGUAUUCCCUAUAUAAUGCACUAUUUUUGACUAGGCCCCACAAGGCUCUGUUCAAAAGAAGUGCACUGUAAAGGGAUUAGGGUGCCAUUUCGGAUGCAGACAACCGUACGUUUGCCUCUCUCCCAGAUGAACUCUCGUGACGACGACGGGGUGCUGGUGGGGAACUGGAGUGGUGACUACACCUACGGAGUGGCACCUACCUCCUGGACUGGAAGUACUGAAAUCCUCCUCAACUACUCCAGCAGCAAGAUGCCCGUCUGCUAUGCCCAGUGCUGGGUCUACGCUGCCGUCUUUAACACCUGUGAGACCUGCAUAAGGCUACAAUAUACCCCAAAUUCCCCAAAUUCCUUGUUUUUUCAGAAAUCUGUAAUGAUUCCAGAAACGUUUGAACCAGGAUUUCCCCCCAAUUUCUUUUGCACAUUUUGGGAUUUUUACAAUGCUAAUGAGUGAAAUAUUUGGGAUGAUUUCAAAAUUAAUUACUCACAUUAAUUUCCUACUAUUUGAUGUGCAGAAUUCCUAUUUUUUUGUAUUUUGAAAACGUUUUUGCUGAUUCUACCAUUUUUAUUUCCUUCCCCCUCCCCAGUCUUACGCUGUCUGGGCAUCCCCGCCAGGGUUGUCACCAACUUCUUCUCUGCCCACGACAAUGAUGGCAACCUGAAAACUGACAUCAUCCUGGAUGAGAAUGGCAGAAUUGACAAGCAACGCACCAAGGACUCCAUCUGGUAGAAUUGUUCCAGUGACAGAUAAUGCUUGAAAUCACUUUCUGAUUUGAAUUGAUUUAAUUUGAUCAUUUAAAAAUACAAUUCAGCCACACGAGUGGAGACACUGCAUUUAAAAUGAUUUAUGUUACUGUCAAAUAAUGAAAUGGUUGUGUUGCCGUAGGAACUACCAUUGCUGGAAUGAGUGCUACAUGAGCAGGCCAGAUCUUCCUCAGGGGUUUGGGGGCUGGCAGGUUGUGGAUGCUACACCCCAAGAGACCAGUGAUGGUGAGCUGUUCCUACACACAAGCACACACACACACAGAUAAGCACACACACACACACAUACGCAGGAACACCCACACACACACAGAAACACACACACACACAAUUUAACUGAUCGUGUUAUAAUUUUUAUAUAACCAUGUUAUGAAAUGUAUAUGCUCUGUUGGGUCAUUUCAAACGGUUGUAGUUACUAUAUUACUAAUACCUAAUGUGUCUUUUCCUUGUGUCCAGGGAUGUACAGGUGUGGCCCUGCAUCCGUCCAGGCCAUCAAACAUGGCCAGAUCUGCUUCCCGUUCGACGCACCUUUCGUGUUUGCUGAGGUAAAGACUACAACAAUGAGCCACCCCGGUGGCGCAAGACAACAACUGCACAGGACAGUAUACAAAAUGUUCACAACCCGUAUUGUUCACUUACCAAGACAGUUCAUUUUUGGUUGCAUCAGUUUGAAUCAGUGAGCUCAAUUGUAUUAGUGAAUAUACAGUACCAAUACAUGUGUUUUGGUAUUACUAGUAUAUAUGACAUAUAUAUGACUAAACAUAUCCCGAUAUUACUAAUUACUGGUGUUUUCCAUGAUGAAUGUGUCCCAACUUUUCUAUAGGUGAACAGUGAUGUGGUGUUCUACUCGCGGAACCCCAGAGAUGGAACCCUGCUGCCGGUCAAGGUCAACAGCAGCCACGUUGGCAGGAUGGUGGUGACCAAAGCUCCCGGCCAGGACACUCGCCGUGACAUCACUGACCAGUACAAGUUCUCCGAAGGUAAGAGAAGAGAGAGGAGGGAGGGAUGGAGGGAGUGUCACAGAGCAAAAACGUAAAGGGACGGUUUCCCGGACACAGAUUAAAGAUGCACUAUGCAGAAAUCACUCCGCCAUUUCCUGGUUGCUAAAAUUCUAAUAGUUUGCCUAAUUUCAGUUUAUGUGACAAAACAAGCAAGUAUAGUGUAGAGAAUCAUUGUACCCUCUAAACCGCUAUGAAAUAUAUUUCCAUAACCAAAAAUAUUGUCAUUUUCAGCUGUUUGAAGAUGCAAAAACUAAAUUUAAGCACGGGAAGCAUAGAAAUAGUGCACAUAGAACAGAUUUACCGCUUCUUAGACUUGCUUUCAAUGAGAAUGACAGAUCUAUAACUCAAAUGUCGAUGUGAAUUUGGUCAGGUCGCCCAAAAAGUUACAUAUUGCAGCUUUGAGCCUAUAGGACUAAAAAGCAUGCUUGAUAGAGAAUCUCAUUUUGAAAGUGUUUGGACUAGACUUAAUCUGUCUGGGAAACUGUCAGUCUGUGUCAGGGCCUGUCCACUCCUCUUUGUCAUAAAAAGUCCUAAUAAGUCACCCCCAUAUCUGGCUUUUCAUCAAGUGAAUCUUACCUCCAAUCACGUUUACAUAUACAAAAAAGGUAACAAAAUGUAAAAGUAAGGGUUUUGUCUCUGUGUGAAUGAAGUACGACCACCCUAAAAACCCAGAUUCUAAAUGCAGACUACUUCUGAAACAAACCAUAUAAUCUUUCCCUUUCAUCUGUGGUCUCCCACAUCUACAGGUAGUCCAGAGGAGCGCACGGUUCUGGAGAAGGCAGAGGAGUAUGGUUGUCAGCGUGAGAAGGCCACACCUCUAGAGGCCGACGUGGACCUGGACAUGCCUCUGAUCGAGGUGAGGGUGGGGGAUGACUUCGAGCUGAAGCUGGAGUUCAACAACAAGAGUGGCCAGGCUCGCACCGUGGACGUGUACGUCAGUGGCAACGUGGUAUAUUACACAGGAGUCACCAGCUCUGAGUUCCUCUUCAAGACCCCUAAAGUGACACUGGAUCCCAGGAAAGGUGGGCAGGUGGGGGAGGAGGGGUGGUGUGUGAAUAUGUGGGUUUGUGGGUUCUUGUAAGAUCAAUGUUCUCUCUACUAGCGGCAAGCCAGUUGCCCUCCCAUAUUUCUAAAGCAAGAUACAUGAAAAUUAAAUUUAAACUCAAGGAGACAAAGCAUAUCCUAAGAAAGUCAUCUCUGUGUGUCCACAGCUGAGAAGAAAGUGAUCCAGGUGCGUUCCCAGGACUACAUGAGACAGCUGGUGGAGCAGGCCAACCUCCACUUUAUCGCCACUGGGAAGGUCAAGGAGACGGGUCAGAUUGUCACCGCCAUGAGGGUCGUCACUCUUCACAACCCCAAACUCUCUGUCCAGGUCAGAGGUCAUGUUUUUAGGAGUGGUUAUGUGCACACAGCCCGAAAAGUUGUGUACAUUGUGGAAAACACAAAAUUAAUCAAUUUGUACUAUAUAGAGCAGGGGUGUCAAACAUACAGUCCCCCGCAAGGGGGUCCAAUCCGGCUCGUGGGUGGUUUGAGUAAAACAUAUAUAUUUUUUUAAUGUUUUAUUUUGGGGUGGGGGGGACGAACUCAAUAUACUUAAAAAUGACUAAAACUAUAUAGAAAUUAUAAUGGACCUACAGUUGAAGUCGGAAGUUUACAUACACUUAGGUUGGAGUCAUUAAAACUCGUUUUUCAACCACUCCACAAAUUUCUUGUUAACAAACUAUAGUUUUGGCAAGUCGGUUAGGAUUUAGGAUCUAAUUUGUGCAUGACACAACUAAUUUUUCCAACAAUUGUUUACAGACACUUAUAAUUUACUGUAUCACAAUUCCAGUGGGUCAAAAGUUUACAUACACUAAGUGAGUGUGGACUCGUCAUUGAUUGAACCGUUCGAAAAUCAAAAAUCGAUGUUUAAGUUUACGAAAGUCAAAGGCCAAUGACUUGAUUUAACACAAUGAGGUGACUUCGGACUGACUGGAGCUUGGCGCAUGAUCGAGAAGAUUGUGGACUUGUAUGCUUGGCAGAGACUGCUAAGGGCUUGGAAUGACUCGAACUAAAUUAGACUUUGGACUCGAUUAGUAUGGAUGGUUGGAUUUGAUGACUUGGGACGUUGCUCUAUCUUUUAUCGAUUACUGGGCUCGAGGCAAAGACUUGAGACUUACUUGUACGUCAUACAUGACUUUGUCCGACCUCGUGCUGUUGACUGUGGCUUACAACACUUGGAAAUUCCAAAAAAUGCUCAUAGCUUUAGAAGCUUCUAAUAGCCAUAUACAUAUUGAGCAACUGGAGGUGUUUCCAGUAUUUCAAGCGGUUAGAACCGAAUUUGCGCUAGUCUGUCCUUCUCUGGCGGGAGGUAAGCUUGGCUUAUAUGGUGUCGAGUAAAGCUUAAACCAUGUAUUUAGAUUGUAGGUAGGUAGGUAUUGUAGUUAGGUAUUGUAGGUAGUUUAUCUAGGUAGUUAUUGUAGGUUAUUGUAGGUAAUUAUUGUAGGUAAGUAUUGUAUUCGGCUGAGCCCGGUGAAGCACGAGGCUAGCUAACUCACUACCUGGACCAAUAAAGCUAGCUAGCUAGCUAGCGGGUAGCUACUGGUAACUAUUAGCAACUGUGGAUAGUUGUUUCCAAUGUUAUUUCACGCUUAAGAGUACCUGUAAUUAUGCCAGCUAGCUACCAACCAUUCAGCUGUUUUUCUAACCUCAUUAUCUGAAGCGUUAACGUUAGGUAGUUAGUAGCUACUGUACUCUAAAUGUAGCUACCUGGAUAGCUAACUAAACAAUAGCUAGAACGACCUAGCUUUAAUAUUUGGAGACGCUUUCUCUCCGUUGGAACAGACGCAAACUGGCUGAAUCGAUUCAGUGGCUAGCUUUGCACUUAACUGGCUAACAGUUGCUACUAAGGGUAAGUUAUAACCUACAUUUAUUUUUGUUUUGUUUUUACAUACUGGUAACCAGAGUCGUUCAAGGGAAUUCGGGACAUGGGUGACUAGUUAACGUUAGCUUGGCUCUCUGUGUUCGUGCCGUGGGAGGAGGGGUUAGUUCGUUGGCAGAGAGCAGUGGCUAGCUAGUAUGCUAACUAUUCUAGCUAACUAACUGGCUGAAUAAGUUGACGACGUACUCACUCAAACUGUCAAAACUAACCCCAAACUUUACACAACGUUAGACACGGACACGAAUGAUCUGCUUGGCGUGUUAACACACUGGUGGUUUGUUGUAACCGAGUAUUGGUGCUAAACCGUGUUAUUGGAGGCUGGCAUGCUAGUUGGCUUUGGCGUCAUAGGAUUCGGUGCCCUGGACGGUUUUCACGGAAGAAUACUUUACCAAGUUAGCUAGCUGAAUAAACUAAGUUAGAGUCUAUUCCUAGAAAACAUUGAACCUCUGUAGUUUACAACAAUUAUAAUUUCUAAAGUGGAAGUUGGGAGAGUUAUAUUUGAGUGUUUCAGUGAAAAGUAAGUGAGGGAGGCCCCGCUCUCUCGCUUUCCCAGAUGUUUAGGUCAUUUCAUUCCGAUCUCCUUUGCAUUAUUGUAGCCCUUUUCUGUAGCCUGUCAACUAUAUGUCUGUCUAUCCCUGUUCUCUCCUCUCUGCACAGGCCAUACAAACGCUUCACACCACGUGGCUGUUGCCACUCUAAUCUGGUGGUCCCUGCGCGCACGACCCACGUGGAGUUCCAGGUCUCUGGCAGCCUCUGGAACUGCCGCUCUGCGGCCAACAAGGCAGAUUUCAUCUCAGCCUAUGCUACCCUCCAGUCCCUCGACUUCUUGGCGCUGACGGAAAUAUGGAUUACCACAGAAAACACUGCUACUCCUACUGCUCUUUCCUCGUCUAACCAUGUGUUCUCGCAUACCCCGAGAGCAUCUGGUCAGCGCAGCGGUGGCACAGGAAUCCUCAUCUCUCCCAAGUGGACAUUCUCUCUUUAUCCCCUGACCCAUCUGUUUAUCUCCUCAUUUGAAUUCCAUGCUGUCUCAUUCACUAGCCCAUUCAAGCUUAACAUCCUUGUCAUUUAUCGCCCUCCAGGUUCCCUUGGAGAGUUCAUCAAUGAGCUUGACAAGUUCCUUUCCUGAGGAUGGCUCACCCAUCACAGUUCUGGGUGACUUUAACCUCCCUACGUCUGCCUUUGACUCAUUUCUCUCUGCCUCCUUCUUUCCACUCCUUUCCUCUUUUGACCUCACCCUCUCACCGUCUCCCCCUACUCACAAGGCAGGCAAUACGCUUGACCUCAUCUUUACUAGAUGCUGUUCUUCUACUAAUCUCACUGCAACUCCCCUCCAAGUCUCUGACCUCUACUUUGUAUCCUUUUCUCUCUCGCUCUCCUCCAACACUACUCACUCUGCCCCUACUCAGAUGGUAAUGUGCCAUCGCAACCUUCACGCUCUCUCUCCCGCUACUCUCUCCUCUUCCAUCCCAUCAUCUCUUCCCUCUGCUAAAUCCUUCUCCCUCCGAUCUCCUGAUUCUGCCUCCUCAACCCUGAUCUCCUCCCUUUCUGCAUCUUUUGACUCUCUAUGUCCCCUAUCCUCCCGGCCGGCUCAGUCCUCCCCUCCUGCUCCGUGGCUUGACGACUCAUUGCAAGCUCACAGAAGAGGACUCCGGGCAGCCGAGCGGAAAUGGAGGAAAACUAGACUCCCUGCGGACCUGUCAUCUUUUCACUCCCUCCUCUCUACAUUCUCUUCCUCUGUUUCCGCUGCUAAAGCCACUUUCUACCACUCUAAAUUUCAAGCCUCUGCCUCUAACCCUAGGAAGCUCUUUGCCACCUUCUCCUCCCUGCUGAAUCCUCCUCCUCCUCCCCCUCCCUCCUCCCUCUCUGUGGAUGACUUCAUCAACCAUUUUGAAAAGAAGGUUGACGACAUCCGAUUCUCAUUUAUCAAGUCAAAUGACACCGCUGGUCCUGCUCACACUGCCCUACCCUAUGCUUUGACUUCUUUCUCCCCUCUCUCUCCAGAUGAAAUCUUGCGACUUGUGACGGCCGGCCGCCCAACAACCUUCCCGCUUGAUCCUAUCCCCUCCUCUCUUCUCCAGACCAUUUUCAGAGACCUUCUCCCUUACCUCACCUCGCUCAUCAACUCAUCCUUGACCGCUGGCCAUGUCCCUUCCGUCUUCAAGAGAGCGAGAGUUGCACCCCUCCUCCAAAAACCUACACUCGAUCCCUCCGAUGUCAACAACUACAGACCAGUAUCCCUUCUUUAUUUUCUCUCCAAAACUCUUGAGCGUGCCGUCUCUAGCCAACUCUCCUGCUAUCUCUCUCAGAAUGACCUUCUUGAUCCAAACCAGUCAGGUUUCAAGACUGGUCAUUCAACUGAGACUGCUCUUCUCUGUGUCACGGAGGCUCUCCGCAGUGCUAAAGCUAACUCUCUCUCCUCUGCUCUUAUCCUUCUAGACCUAUCCGCUGCCUUUGAUACUGUGAACCAUCAGAUCCUCCUCUCCACCCUCUCCGAGUUGGGCAUCUCCGGCGCUGCUCACUCUUGGAUUGCGUCCUACCUGACAGGUCGCUCCUACCAGGUGGCAUGGCGAGAAUCUGUCUCUGCACCACGUGCUCUCACCACUGGUGUCCCCCAGGGCUCAGUUGUAGGCCCUCUCCUAUUCCCUCUAUACACCAAGUCACUUGGCUCUGUCAUAUCCUCACAUGGUCUCUCCUAUCAUUGCUAUGCAGACAACACACAAUUAAUUUUCUCCUUUCCCCCUUCUGAUAACCAGGUGGCGAAUCGCAUCUCUGCAUAUCUGGCAGACAUAUCAGUGUGGAUGUCGGAUCACCACCUCAAGCUGAACCUUGGCAAGACGGAGCUGCUCUUCCUCCCGGGGAAGGACUGCCCACUCCAUGAUCUCGCCAUCACAGUUGACAACUCCAUUGUGUCCUCCUCCCAGAGUGCAAAGAACCUUGGCGUGACCCUGGACAACACCCUGUCAUUCUCUGCUAACAUCAAAGCGGUGACCCAAUCCUGCAGGUUCAUACUCUACAACAUUCGCAGAGUAUGACCCUGCCUUACACAGAAAGCGGCACAGGUCCUAAUCCAGGCACUUGUAAUCUCCCGUCUGGAUUACUGCAACUCACUGUUGGCUGGGCUCCCUGCCUGUGCCAUUAAACCCCUACAACUUAUCCAGAACGCCGCAGCUCCUCCGCACACUCCACUGGCUUCCAGUUGAGGCUCGCAUCUACUACAAGACCAUGGUGCUUGCCUAUGGAGCUGUGAGGGGAACGUCACCUCCUUACCUCUGAUCAGACCCUACACCCAAACGAGGGCACUACGUUCAUCCACCUCUGGCCUGCUAGCUCCCCUACCUCUAUGGAAGCACUGUUCCCGCUCAGCCCAGUCAAAGCUAUUCGCAUAUAAACUCUAGUCUUCUAAUAGUCAUACAUUAUUAGUUUAACUGAGGGUGUGACAUUUUUGUCAUAUCUUACACACACAUUUCUUUAUCAACUGCACAUGGGGACAAAGAUCGUACUUUUUGGAGAAAUGUCCUCUGGUCUGAUGAAACAAACAUAGAACUGUUUGGCCAUAAUGAUCAUCGUUAUGUUUGGAGGAAAAAGGGGGUGCUUGCAAGCCGAAGAACACCAUCCCAACCGUGAAGCCCGGGGGUGGCAGCAUCAUGCUGUGGGGGUGCUUUGCUGCAGGAGGGACUCGUGCACUUCACUAAAUAGAUGGCAUCAUGAGGAAGGGAAAUUAUGUGGAACAUCUCAAGACAUCAGUCAGGAAGUUAAAGCUUGGUCGCAAAUGGGUCUUUCAAAUGGACAAUGACCCCAAACAUACUUCCAAAGUUGUGGCAAAAUGGCUUAAGGACAAGGUAUUGGAGUGGCAAUCACAAAGCCCUGACCUCAAUCCUAUAGAACAUUUAUGGGCAGAACUGAAAAAGCUUGUGCGAGCAAGGAGGCCUACAAACCUGACUCAGUUACACCAGCUCUGUCAGGAGGAAUGGGCCAACAUUCACCCAACUUAUUGUGGGAAGCUUGUGGAAGGCUACCCGACACGUUUGACCUAAGUUAAACAAUUUAAAGGCAAUGCUACCAAAUACUAAUUGAGUGUGUAUGUAAACUUCCGACUUCAAUUGUACAUUCAUAUAGUUUUUUGACUGUGUUCAGCUCGCUAAUAAUCAGCCAAAUUAUCAAGCAUCGAAAAUUCCAAAAAUUAUGGAUAGAGGACUAUUUUUGCCUAAUUUUGACGGCGAGGAAAUAUAACCAAUUUUCAGUGCAGCCCUCCGGACCUCGUUGAAGACCGAAUAAAGACUGAAUGCGGCAAAAUUAGUUUCACAUCCCUGGUAUAGAAUACACUGUAUUUUCCAAAUAUGCUCCGUUUAUUGAUCCUAGCUGGGUCUUCACGGACAGGAUCAGGACCAACUCUCAUCCCUUCUCUAUAGGUCUCUGGUCUGGCUAAGGUGAGUGAGGAGAUGUUAGUGACUGUGGAGUUCACCAACCCAUUCAAGUUCAACCUGGAGGAUGUGUACGUUCGUGUGGAGGGGCCAGGAGUCAUGCCACCCAAGUCUAAACAUUACAGGUGAGCUGAGUGAUACCUGUAUGUGUGUGUGUGUGUUUUUUGUGUGUGAGUGCAUACUCAUGUGUGUACAUGUGUGUAUUCCAGUCUGAUCACGGCUGGCUCGUCCCUGACGUGGACGGAGAGUUUCACCCCCCGAAGGGAGGGACCCACCAAGCUGAUGGCCAGUCUGGACUGUGCUGCACUCAGGCAGGUGUACGGUCAGGCCCAGCUGACUGUCAAGCCCUGAGCAACACAGGGGAGAUGGCACAGCUAUACUACACAGCUAUAGCACAGCUAGACAGCCUAGUUACAGCCUAGUUACAACCUAGUUACAGCCCAGCAAGCAACAGUUAAGAGAUGUUCUUCUUCUUGGAUGGAUCACGUAGCUUCACAAAAGAGGCAAUAUUUUCUAACUAUGCGACAUUUAGUGUAGUUCAAUGUAAUUGUUUUCAUUUCUAUACAUGGAAAACACAACUACAUCAUAGCUACUACAGCCCAGCUACCAACAGUUUAGAGAUUGGGCUUGAAUAUUAGGUCUAAUGCAUUGUUCAAUAAAUCUUCACAAGAGAUGCAACAUUUUCUAACCACAAUAUGCAACAUUUAUUGAAAUUGUUGAAAAGUUAAAUGUUUUCUUUUCUUUUCUUUUUUUGACUUCUAUGCAAGAAAAAUACUUAUAUUACCC